AUGGAACACAAUUGUCUGAAAGUCAAUGAAUUGGCGCUCCAGUUGGCUCAAUCACUGCAGAACAGCAAAGUCAGCACAGCUGAUCCUCUAAAGAAGAGGACAAGCAGCUACAGAGGCCUGAGUAGCGAGCCUAUAAUCACAGAGGAAGAACCAACAAUCAAGGGCGACUAUAAUAGAUUUUACAGUCAGUCUUCAGAUAAGCAAGUAUUGGACAAUAAACCAUGGUUGCAGGAUGGAAACUAUUUCAAGACUGUAUACAUUUCAACGAUAGCACUACUGAAGAUGAUGUCUCAUGCCCGGUCCGGUGGUUCAAUUGAGAUUAUGGGCAUGCUGACAGGUAAGGUGUUUGCCAACACAUUAGUCGUAAUGGAUUGCUACUUACUUCCGGUUGAAGGUACAGAGACACGAGUGAAUGCUCAAGCGGAAGGAUAUGAGUUCAUGGUCUCUUAUUUGGAUAACUUAAAGGAAAUCAAGCAUAACGAGAAUAUCAUAGGAUGGUAUCACUCUCAUCCUGGUUAUGGGUGCUGGUUGAGUGGAAUUGAUGUUGCCACUCAGAAUUUAAACCAAAAGUUUCAAGAUCCCUACCUGGCGAUAGUGAUUGAUCCUGAAAGAUCAGUCAGACAAGGAUUUGUUGAGAUUGGAGCAUUCAGAACGUUUGCUGAGCCAGCCGUUGGAAGAUCGUCGUCGUCAGUUUCCUCUGCAAGUGGUGCAGGAAUUAGUGAUGUUGCGUUUUCUUCCGGUAGAAACAGUGCAUCUGGAAUGUCCUCAGUUCUGAGUGCAAGUAAUAUUAGCAUUGCCGAAGAGCUAAGCAAACAAUCGAUCACCCAAAAUGUUUUUGACAGAACUACUACAAAGAUUCCCAAGGGCAAAAUGACUGAUUUUGGAGCUCAUUCAGGAAAAUAUUACUCGCUAGAGGUUAAGGUUUUCAGAUCUCCACUGGAGGAGAAACUACUGGAUACGUUUGGUUCUAAAACCUGGAUUAAAGGUUUAACGAACUACUCCAACGUUGUUAAUGCCGAGGAAACUCAAGUGGAGUUAAUGCAUAAAAUAAUGGAAGCCACGGAGAACUUACGGAAGGAAUCUCCUUCUAAAUUGCCAUCUUUGGUGAUGGGGAACCUGAUUUAUUCAGGUGCCUCUCAAGGAACAACAGGGAACCGCAAGCGCUCAAUGUCCAAAUCUUCUAUUUAUUCGGGUUUACAAGCUUCAUCGGGUAUACCCAGUUCUAGGUAUCCUACGAAGGGAAAAAAUAUGAGUGGAUCUCAAUUCAAUGAUGACCCGCUAGCAAGAUCACUGGAUAAAAUACCGCCAGAUAGUCCAGAUCAACAGUACGAUGGCGCAUUAUCCAUUCAACAACCGAAAAGAGCAUAUAAUACACAUACUUCUAGAGCAGGUGGGUUGGCCAGCGUUCUGUCCUCUGGGAGUAUGGAUCCUCAAAGUUACUCCAUGGUAGGACGAAUGAGUCUAACUAAUCAAUCGCCGGGGACAGCUCUGAGAGGCCUAAAUACACCUCCCAACAAACGACCGCAGAGAAACCCUGGUCAUACAAGCUCAGGUCAAGGAGGAACGCCUGGAGGAGUCAGUCGGUCCAAAGAGAAAAUUAACAAGCCAAUAGGUAUAAGCAUGAUUAGCAAGGAUUUCAAGGUUGUCAUCUCACAACAGGUCAACCAGAUGCUACGUCGUCACGUCCAGAAUGACCUUUUUGGAUCCAAUAGUCCCUAA